CAUUUUCGAGAAGAAAAAACACUGAUACAAGUGCAAUCCUCAAUAAUUGAAGACGAAUCGACUUUCCUCUAAUCGUGUCGUAAAUAAUCACGAAAAUUCAAAGAAAAAUUGCUGCGCGAUUACUUCUAGUUCGGUAAAAGUAGAAUUAUGGGCUUAACACAUAGCAUUGCUGUUCCCGGUGGAGGAACUGAAGGUUAUCACGUUCUUCGGGUUCAAGACAAUUCGCCAGGGCAGAAGGCUGGUUUGGAAGCGUUUUUUGAUUUUAUAUUGGCAAUCGGAAAUACAAGACUUGAUCAGGAUAACGAUACCUUGAAGGAGUUGUUGAAGGCAAACAUUGAUAAGGAAAUACAGAUGACUAUAUUCAGCAGCAAGACUCAAAACAUUCGAGUGGUUAACAUAAGUCCAAGUGCAACCUGGGGUGGCCAGGGUUUAUUGGGUGUUAGCAUACGGUUCUGUUCGUUUGAAGGUGCAAAUGAGACCGUUUGGCACAUUUUAGAAGUACAUCCUUCUUCACCGGCCGAAGAAGCUGGUUUAAUACCAUUCACAGAUUAUAUCAUUGGGGCUGAUUCAAUACUGCAUGAAAGUGAGGAUCUAUUCACGUUGGUUGCGUCACACGAGGGUCGACCCCUUAAAAUGUACGUCUACAAUAUUGAAAAGGACGCCUGCCGAGAGGUGACAAUCACACCUAACAGUAAAUGGGGUGGUGAAGGAAGUCUCGGCUGUGGAAUCGGAUAUGGCUAUUUACAUCGAAUACCGAUUCGAGUUUUACCGGUAGACGCUAAAACAGGCACUGCUCUUAGUCAGUCUAUGACUACGGUGCCAACGUCUGUUCCUACAUUGGGAGAUACAAAUGCGAAUGCGAAUAGUCGCUCAAUGCCAUUCAUUCCCAUGGUUCCACCAUUAGCAAACACGUUUGCUUCGAGCACAACGACUGUUCACACGGAUCUGCUGACGGUUUCCCAAAGCCUGCCAACAGACAGCUCUGUAACUUCAGUAGCGGAUCAUCAUGCCAACCAGAGAACAACAUUUGAUCAAACAACCAAUAAUCCUCUUCCGGCAAGUUCAUCGAUCGCUCAAACAGGCAACAAUUCAGCCCCUGUGGUUGCUUCACCACCAAUCAACGUGGCCGAAUCUUAUUACACGCCACCAGCAGGAGCAAUUCCACCUGUGGCCAAUGUGCCUCCGUCACCAGCUUCAGACGUAGCGGCUUCAAUGACCCCGACAUCGACUACAACUAUUCCGCUCUAUCCACCACAAGGACACCAGCAGCCACAAAACCCUUAUAGCAAACAGGCGCAACACGCGGUCCAUAUGUCUUACCCUGCGAGCAGCGUAAGCAACAGUGCUCUGCCAACAAUAAAUCCGAACAUUUUUAAUUCUAAUGUUGCGCCACCAUCGACACUAGCCAGCAACUUCUAUGAAAUGUACGGGGCAACUUCAAACCCACAAGCCACCAACGCAACUAAUACAUUUCAGCCUGCUAGUUUAUCCUAUCCGUCCAGCACCAUAGACUUCCAACAACAACAAAACUCGGCGCUAUACCAGUCCCAACAGUACACAGCGGCAAGUCAGCAGAUGCCCCCACCCAUUCAAAUGUACUCAACCUUCCCACAACAAAUGACAACUAUGAACGAUUCAGCCCAGCAACCGCCGCCGUUAUUUCAGACGAGUGCCGUAACGACGCCAAUUUCUCUGCCCGGAAUGCCACCGAUCACUGUUAGUGCCACCAUCCAAGCUGAAGCUCUGCGCGGACUACAGUUCGGUAACAGUACGCAUCAACAGACUCCUGCUGGUGGAGAAUCACUACAAUAGCUGCAAGUAAAUCGAACUGAAUGUAGUUGUACAUAUACGACAGUUGGUGUGUCAGCUCUUGGAUCGAGGUAAUCAUAUGUACAUGUGGAUCAUUUUACAAAGAUUUUACCAGAUCUACUAACAAAGGUGCCCUGGAUGAUGUCUGUAUACAUAUAUUAUAUUGUGUUUAACGAGUCUAUAUUUUUAUUGUAUUGUUCGGUCCGCAAAAUGAAGAGCUCUGUUACAUGAUAAAUUAUUAUUAGUUUCACGCUUGCCUGCAAACUGCAUGUUUUGUUUUCGAAAAACUGCUCUCACUAGAAAACAAGCGAGUUGAAUGUUUUCAGCAUUUUUGUAGCUUAUUAACCAAUGUUGAAUAUUGAUUUAUUGAAUGAGCUGUCCGAGAGCGAAGAACCUUAGAAGAAUUAUCUACUAAAUACAUGAAAACUUUGUACGUUAUCUACAAUACUUGAGAAGCAGCAUCAAAUAAAGGCAAAGGUCAAAGAGUUA